GUAAAUGUUUUGUCUAGUAUACAUUCACGACAAUAAAUUAUUGUUUGAGUUUGUAAUAUUUAGUUUUUAAAUGUAUGCGUUGAGAAGCCGCCUGCUGAAAAGACAGAAGCGAGUGCGCUUAAGCUGCUCCUCGUUAGCAGGCCCGGAACGCGACCUCGGGUUUUCCUGAACAGCUUCACCGGACUCAGCGCUUCACACAGCGGUCGCGUGGCUGGUUAUCUGCCGGCUAUUUGGGGAAUAGCUACAUGGUGUAUAAAAGCGUAAAGCUAGCUAGGAUUGGAGGAUGAGCAGGGGACGCGGCACAAAAAAAAGACUGCCUCCAGACAAGCUAGACACUCCUGAGUCUUUUGAUGACGUGGUUCUGGAAGAGGUGAAGCAGCUUUUUAGCAAGGUGAGACUGUACAGCGCUCCACCUGGAACUGAGUGGUGUUUACCAGACCCCAGCGUGGCGCUCUGUGACCGGCCAUGGAGUCAUCCACCUCUGCAGGUUCUGAAAAACUCCCUAAACGCGGUGAAAAAUCAGCUCAGUGACAAAGAUUUGGCAGUGUGGCACCAGCACACUUGCUCCACCAACCGAGCGGGCACCGUUACAUCCCACCUCCGCGAGACUGCCAAUGCAGAACUUUGCACUCAGGCCUGGGCAAAAUUCUACGAGAUCCAAGGAACCUUCAAACUCCUAUCAGAAACGGCACUGCAGAACGGUGAAUUGAACUCAGUUCAUUUGUGCGAAGCUCCUGGAGCAUUUAUUUCUGCGCUUAAUCACUUCCUCCAGACCAGCAGGCUGUACUGUGACUGGACCUGGGUUGCUAACACGCUAAAUCCGUAUCACGAAGCUAAUGGACGCAGUUGCACGAUUGCAGACGACAGACUCAUUGCUCAUACUCUUCCGUGGUGGUUUUUCGGCUCGGACAACACAGGUGACAUCAUGCUUCAGAAGCAUUUGCUGGAGCUGCAGGUAUUUGUUGGUAACAUGCGCAGUGUGGAUUUGGUCACUGCGGACGGAAGCUUUGACUGUCAGGGCGACCCGGGAGAGCAGGAGAGUUUAGUGGCUCCGUUGCAGUACUGUGAAACUGUGUGCGCUUUACUCUUACUUGCCCCUGGAGGCUGCUUUGUCCUGAAGAUGUUCACGCUUUUUGAGCAUUCGUCCAUUUGCCUGCUUUACCUCCUUGUGUGCUGCUUUCGCUUGGUUCACGUUUUCAAACCUGCAACUAGUAAAUCUGGGAAUUCUGAGGUCUACGUUGUGUGUUUGGACUUCAAAUCCAAAGACGAUGUCCGGCCGCUGCUCUCAAAGCUGAUCCGUAACUACGGUCCAGAUAUGGUUUCCACGGCAGCACUGUUUCCAAAAAGCUGCAUUCCCAACUCUUUUCUCAAGCAGCAUGAGGAAAUCUGUGCAUUUUUCCAUAUGCUACAGAUCAACACCAUCCAGGAGAACCUGCACCUCUUUACCAGUAUGACUGCUGAGCAACGCAAGCAUCUAGAUCAGCUCAGAGAAUGUGCUGCGCAAUUCUAUGUGCAACGUUUUCAGGUGCAGUUCUUACCACGCAAACGCUGGGUGUGCCGAGGUGGAUCGAUGGCUUGGGGGAAGCCGUGCCAGAGGAAGCAAAUGGGAUCUUUUAACCAGCGUAAGGAGAUGCAGUUUAAGGAAUGGAGGCAGCGUCUUGUGCAUGGACCUUACCAAGCAUGGAUAGAGGAACAUUUUCAGGAAGGACAUCAUUUUGUACUCACUGGUCCUGUAGCUGAGUGUGACUUAAACGCAUGGUUUAGUCACGUGGGAGCAACACUCCCAAAAGUACGCAGCUCUGCUUUCUGUGACCAGGAGUUAUUGGAUCUGCUUAAUGACGCUUUAGAGGAGCGCACACUGGUCUUGAAGGAACAGCCCUUGGCCAAAAACACACCAGCAUGCAGAUCUUGCUCCAGCAAGUCUUCAUCUCCUGCAUCCAUAUUAAGUGAAAUCUGCAACCAUCCAAAUGUUGCUUCUUGCGUUGUGAUGGUUGGGAACCCAUCAUGGCAGGAUAUACCACUUCCAGGAAACAAGCUACAGCUGCAGUUCUGUCCAGGCCCCUCCUACCCAGAGACGUGUGUUUCCACUUUGCACGAUGGAGACCCGCUUCAUCAACACAAGCUACUGAGCAGUGUGUUUUCAGCUCUGCGUGGACUUUCUGAAGGAUCAGCACUGGUGGUUCCAUUGUGUUCAGCUUUGACCCGUUUCACUGCAUCUCUGGUCCUCGCACUCCAUCUCUGCUUCCAGUCGAUCGGUUUCCGUUGCCCCGUUUGCGGCCCACCUGUUGUGCUGCUGUGUGUGGGAUUCUCCUCAGUACCUCAGAUCAACACCAUCCUCCAGGAGGUCCUGGACCAAAUGAGAAAACUAGAAUCGGACAGGCAGCUUCUGCAGUUUGCUCCAAUGGAAGAACUGAUCAGAGGUUCACUGGCUCACUUUCUGUCCAACCUCAAUAACACUGUUUUGAGGCAGCAGCUCCAUUUACUUCUACCCCUGCAGCAGAAAAGAUAACACUCUGUCUCUGUCCCACUGGAGCUCAAUCCCAGUCCUCAGGGCUCCAAACCCUCCAAAUUCCAAAAGUAUGUGUCCCUUACUAAAAGACAGCUGGCUGGGUGAAUGAAGGCCUUACAAACAACUUCUCCAGCUUGCGACAAUGGAUGAAUUGGUUAGAACUCCAUUUACUCUAAACAACAGAUUAUACUGUCCAUCAGUCUCAUUCCUCAGGGCUUUUGUUUAUUUUUUUUUUUAAAUGUUUUUGGUACUCUCAGCAUUCUGACUGAGGAUGAACAUUACUCAACAUAUUGAGCAAGGAGAAAUUAACUGGAGUAUAAUUCUACACCUCCUGUACAAUUACUGACUGGUUUGUGAUUCCUAUUCUACACAGGCACUAUAUAUAGCUUAUACCACAGCGUGGUUGAAUUCUCGAAUCUGAUUGGUCAGAAGGCGAGCAGUAUAUCUGUACGGUAGCUCUGGCUGUGACAUGAAGUUUAUAUUAAUACGCUCGUUCUAAUAUGUUAUCGUUUCUAUAGCAACUGCUCAAAAACAAGGACUUGUACGGCGGACGCUCCACAUAAUCUAAGACUUAUAAUAAACGGAUUGAAAAUUUUUUUGUAUAGAGUAAAACGUAUAGUCGGUGACGCGAUGAUGUUUUUGUUAGGAGACAAAAUGUGUGACGUUUCGUUCAUUAAUGAAUUAAACAUUGGAAUCGUUUGGCAAAUCGCUGUGGUAUAAGCAAAAUAACACACUCCAGACUGUGCUGUUAUACGAAAAUAAUCCACUUCGGGGUGGAAAAAGUAAGUCAGCUUCGCGUUGUGCUUCAUCACACCACCCCUCAGAGUGCAUUAUUUUCGCACGGUGUGUAGUGUGUGUUAUGUCUUACGUAGGUGUCUUAAAGUAACAGGUCCAUUUAAUCCCCUCACUAUGGGCAGUGUUAACAGUUUGUUCUUUGGGACUCAUAUCUUGUAUAUUUUUCUUUUCCAUGGUCUUGCACACUUAGAGUUUUAUGUGCUGUGUGUAUAUAUGGAGAAUUGUUUGUUUGUUUGUUUGUUUGAGAAAGUAGAGAACAGUACUGAUUGUCUAACACAGAGAGUACAUUCUAUGUUGUGUAUUAUGUUUUAGAAUUAUUUAUAUGCAAUCUGUAAAUGUUUUAAAGUACAUGAGCUAGUACUUUGAGUUGCCUUAGCUACUAUAUUUUGGUCAACUGCUCUUUUUUUUUUUUUUUUUUUUUUUUUUUUAUAAUUAAAAGCAGUUUAUUUUUGGACAUAUGGUCUGUAAUUAUAUAAAAUAGAAAAUGUUUCUAAGGUCAUCUACCAAGUGAAAAUAUCAACGUCAUUAACCUGUAUUUGAAAAUUUUUCUGUAGAUGAACAAUAUUGAAUACUUUUGAUUGUGUUGUAUAGAAAUUAUAAUUUUUUAGUAAAAAAUAAAAUCAUAUUCUCUGGUUUGACCAAAAACCUUCUUUACUUUAUUGGACCGUGCACACACAUGCCAUUCCACAGUGCCGUUACAGGUCAUGAGUAUGUCUGUCUGGACCAGAUCACAGCAGCUGACAGUCCAGUGCUUGAAACAUUUAACACUUUUGGUAUUUAUUAUAUUUUGAUUUUUGAGUUUUUAAAUCAUAUUGUAGUUAC